UCGUUUUCUUGCUAUUUCCUCUACUCCAAUUAUCCAAAAUUCACCUAUUUUUCACAAAAAUCCAGUUUUCAAUCGAAUACGAAUAUGAACAUCGGAAGAUCAAGCUCUAUGAACAAGCUUUGGCUGCUAAAUCACCACCUUCAUUCACGAACAAUAUCCACAACAACUUCUUCUCUCGUUACGAAGCAAACCUCCCAUCAGCUCCCGUCACGUCACCUAUCCCCUUCCCUUACUUCCACUACCGUCCGCCAUUUUUUCUUUCGUUCUCAAGAUCCAUAUGCCAAGUAUCAAGUUCGGGUGCCGAUGAAUUUGGGAAUUCGUAUAGUGCCUGAGAAAAAGGCGUAUGUAGUUGAACGAUUUGGGAAAUAUGUGAAAACAUUGACUCCGGGAAUUCACUUUUUGAUCCCUUUUGUUGAUCGAAUUGCGUAUGCCCAUUCUCUUAAGGAAGAGACUCUUCCGAUACCUAACCAGACUGCCAUUACUAGAGACAAUGUUAGCAUUUCGAUUGAUGGUGUUCUCUAUAUCAAGACUGUGGAUCCAAAAUUGGCGUCAUAUGGAGUUGAGAAUCCAUUGUAUGCGGUAAUUCAACUAGCACAGACAACUAUGCGUAGUGAGCUUGGCAAGAUCUCACUUGAUAAAACCUUUGAGGAAAGGGACACUCUGAAUGACAAAAUAGUGCUGGCCAUUAAUGAUGCUGCAAAAGACUGGGGACUGAAAUGUCUUCGUUAUGAAAUAAGGGAUAUAACUCCUCCUCGUGGGGUUAGAGCAGCUAUGGAGAUGCAAGCUGAAGCGGAACGUAAAAAAAGAGCUCAAAUUCUUGAGUCAGAAGGGGAGAGGCAGGCAAAUAUAAACAUUGCCGAUGGAAGGAAGAGUUCAGUGAUCCUUGACUCAGAAGCUGCAAAGAUGGACCAGGUCAACAGAGCACAAGGUGAAGCUGAAGCCAUUCUCUCUAAAGCACAAGCUACGGCAAAAGGAAUUGCUUUGGUGUCACAAACCCUUAAAGAGCAUGGAGGUGCAGAGGCAGCAAGCUUGAGGAUUGCAGAGCAGUAUGUCCAAGCCUUCAGUAACAUUGCAAAGGAGGGCACGACAUUGUUACUUCCUACAAGUGUUUCUGAUCCUGCCAGCAUGGUGGCUCAAGCUCUUCACAUAUACAAAAACAUAACGAGCAAGAACGCUGGCAUUGAGCUUCCAGAAGCCUCUCAAACUAAGUUGAAACAGAAGUGAAUCGUCUGAAGUAAUCAACAAUGACCGCUCUAUUACUGAUGAAGAUGACAAGAAGGAUCACUAAGCGCUUUGUCUGACUCGUCUAUAGAGUAGCUUUACUUUUUAAUUAGCCAUUAUGGAUUAUCUAGCUUUAUAUUCAUGUAUAGUCUAAGUAGAUCUGGUCAAUGAUAGGAUUCCUAUUCUUUAUUAUGGACUUACUUCCACCAUUUGUUCGGACUAUUGUGUUACUAAGAAUGGAUGCAAAAUUACAUGAUUUUGAGAACAUA